GAAAAUGCCAACAUUGCAUUYAUUGGUAUUUUCGUAAUCACUGUUGACAGGGAAGUCCGUACAUAUGUCUACAUCAAACGUCAUUCAUAGAUAAAUAGCCUAACAUAGACCAGGGCAUUAGUAAUCACAUGUCAURGACAUAUGCCUAAUGUAACCCCGAGCUGUCAUAACCUUACAUUGAACAGAUAACUAGGUCCAUUUGAAACCGUUUUAUGCGACAGCCUCGCCAACAUGAAUUCCUUCUCAAUAAAAGAUAUUCUCCGUGAUAGCCACGAUUUCCGUACUGGGUUAUCAUAUGUAGACAAGACCCCAAGACUGCGCACAAUGGCGGACUCCACACUUCAGCAUUAUUCCAGCCARCCUAGCUUCAAAACGCAAACGAAUGAAAUCAACACUGGCGAUUCCCAAAAUGGAAGCGACAAAGAUAGUAAAACAACUCAGGGUACCCGACACUCUCUAGCGAAGAAAAAGAGAAGAGUUUUGUUUACAAAGUCACAGAUAUACGAGUUAGAAAGACGAUUUCGACAACAACGCUACUUGACUGCGUCAGAACGCGAACAACUAGCAAGAAUGAUAAGUCUUACACCAACACAAGUCAAAAUAUGGUUCCAAAAUCAUCGUUACAAACAGAAGAAGCAAGUUUCCGAUAAGGAUUUGAUGAACAAAGAGUUUUCAGUUUGUGGUGGACGAAGAGUAGCGGUUCCGUUAUUAAUGAAUGAAGGGCGACCAUUCUAUGACUACAAUUUCAAUUCAAGGUACAACAUGGCAAACGAAACGGCGGAGUUUAUGAAUCCAUAUAUGACAUUUCAACAGACCAACUUAUAUCCACCACACUGGYCGAGCUAUUAGACGUAUUACUAACCYUAUAAACUGGAUUAGAUACCGAACAAUUUAARUCGAAGUAUGUUGUAAAACAGAACGAGCUAAUCAAAAUCCACUUAAAUCAKUACAAUCCCAUAACGCCUCGGGGUACCAACCACUUUUUUAAAUGACUUUUAAAACGUUUUAAGAAAAUAUACGUCAAAUCUUUCUUAAUGACAAAUCAUUUCGAGAUACUUAUAGUUUUCAUAAAGCCCUUGAAGGAUUAUUUAUGCUGUAUAAAUGCAAUUCUUCUCUAGUUAUAGAAUUAUUUAGMGUAAGUUGCUUUAGCGGAAUAAUGAUCGGACAUUUUGGUCAUCCCGAGUUAAGUUCAUGCAUAUGAAACGAAAGACAAGGAGUUUUUUCGAUUGAUGUUUACUAAAGCUUGCUGUGUUUGAUAGUUGUUAGCACACUGUUCUUGGGGACCAGAACACUCAAGCAAAGUGUCGUGUUUGCAUUAGAAAUCCUUUUCAAGUACUUAAGAGCGAAUGGUAAAAAGAAAAAUGAUUAUAGUUUAAUGUUCUAGUUAGAGUUAGGAAUAACAUGACGCAAUUUGAAGGGCGUCUUUAGUUGAACGACAAGACGACUAUCUCCUUCGUCGUGUUCGUUCUUGUCGAAAAUGUAAACACAAAGCCUCUUUUAUUUCUAGAUAGCUUUUAAACUGAACAUUUCAAGUGUCUUCCUACUUUGUCUGUAUGCUAAUUCUCCAUCCCAAAGUAGAAUAGGUUUACAUAUUUCGUGACAUUCAAUCAAUGACGUUGUUCAGAAGAGUUUUGCUCGAACACAUCGAAAAGCAUUUUGACAUCRUCGUUCACUCCAAGUGGAGUACAUUACAGAGAGCUAAUUGAAAACCCCUCGCAUCGACUCAGUAUAAAAAAACAUUGAAUCAAAGCAGAAAUAUAAACACUAUUGAGUACAAUGUAUUCCGAUAUAAUUCUCGACACAUAAGGCACACUUGAGCGAGCUCCUUUAUUAAAGCUUAGCACAAGACCGUCAUGAGAUAAAUGAGUUUUUCAACAUCUAGUAAAAGAUCUAAACAACGACGAMCUAAUGUAAGUGCUAAGCUAAUAGAACGACCACAAUAAUCCUAGCCACGUUGGAUUACAAUACAGUACUUCUUACUCAACGAAGAGUACAAACAAAACGCUUAAGCAGGUUUAUAAGCCAAGUCUAGCGAGAGAUUUCCUCUGUUAGUGAUUGCUAAUGACCUUGAAUACAGGGGUGGAGCUCAUGGACCAUCGAGAUGCUGUAAACACAGCUUGUUCGGCUUUUAGAAUUACAACGAUAAGUUUGUUUAAGUCAGAUGGCUUUUGUGUUAUUAAGCUCUUUGACUUGUUAUCAAGCUCAAAGAAAGCACAUUAACCCGUCAAGAACACACAUGACAAGCUAAUUUCCAUUGUAAAUUCAUGCUGAUCACGAAGUUCCUUUUUAGUAAGUGCUCCUUUUCUUAAGUGGAAAAUCAUUCGGUGUUAUUUCCGAGAGCAAAGUAAUUGAGCAACACUUGACAAUUGUGAACGUUUAGCUGGAUAUGUCAAGAAACGAUUGAUAAUCUYACAAUUGCACGUGUGCUAACUAUAUUGACAGUCGCUUGGCGUCUCAAUAUCUAAUAAUCUUACAAAGUUACAAAAAUUGCACAACAAUUGCUCGCGUGUGAAGUUGCCGCAGUCGCCAUUUCURGCAAGGAACUACAAUUGCUCUUUGGUACAGUAGUUUUGGUGUCUGGAACAGUAGUAAUUCUAAGAUGUUGUGAAGGAUGGUUAUUUCUGUCGAGRGAGUACUGAAUUUUUAGUUAUUCAAGUCUUGUUACGUUUUUAGGAACUUUUUUUUGUAUUGUUUCAAUGCAAUUGUCAGAGAAGAAAUGACAACACGACAAUAAAAUUGUAAUCUAUACUUAAGAAAUAAAUACACUGUAAACAAAAACUAUUAAAAAAGAAAACUGUUUUGAGAGAAACUUAAUUAAAACACUUCAAAAUA